AUGCUGGAUAAGGCCACCCUGCUCCUGUUCCUGCAUUUAGUCGCGUGCUCCAUCUCCUCUCCUCUCUACCCAGCUCUCAGGUACAGUCCGGGGCCAGUUGCUGGCAAGGCCAUGAACUUCCAGCUGCAGCACAGCAGCCCACUGCAGAUCCAUAACCCCUCAGCAGAGGAACAGGAGGAGGAGGGUUUGUUAACAGACCCCGCUGAGAAAAGGAUGCAGCGCCACGCUGAUGCCAUAUUCACCGACAACUACCGGAAAUUCCUGGGGCAGAUUUCCGCCCGCAAAUUCUUACAGACCAUCAUUGGCAAGCGGCUUGGAAGCAGCGAGAGCAGCCCAGAAGGGGUGCACGGCUUUCUGACAAGGCGCCAGUCUGACAGCAUCCUGAUGGACAGCCGCUACCACCAACAGAUGGUACUAAGGGACUUCCUGGGAGCCAUCCUGCAGAAUCAAAGGCCUCAGGACAUCAACAGCAGUCGGUUAGAAGGCUUUCCCAGCACCCUGGUUAAGCUCAUGUAA